AGCGUAUUUGCAUGUUUGCCAGCAUCCUCAUUUUCAACAAGAGUGUUUAGCUGAGAGAGAUCUUCAUCGAGCUGUUUCAUUGUAUUAACUGUUCUCGGAAUAACGCUGUAGAGAUAAUGCUUGCUCGCAUUGUACCCGCGACAGUGAUAAGGCGGGAUCUGAUUGGUUAACAGGAAACCGUUCUGGGAUUCGACCGGUCACGCUGCAAUGGAGGUAUUUCUCUGCUUCUCGUGGCAGAUCUAAAGUUUAUGCGAUCAUGGACACAGGCACCUUUGUAAAAUACGAAAAAUGUUCAGAAACAGCGAAAAACCAUGCCGAGUCUGUUAACUUAUACGUGUCGAUUGAUGAUCAUGUCACGGUCGAUCCUCUACUUUUACCGGGUACACUCGAUUACACUGAUUUGAUUCAACGUCGCAUGAAUGGCAUGACCGUGACGUGUAAAGAUCAAUUCAACUGGAUUAUAAAUGGGAGACGUGUUAAUAUAGUCGUGGAAGCCAUCAAUGGCGUGCAAGCAGUAACGCAAUUCGUAAUCAACCGUUCAAGUCAGAUCACUGUGCAAUAUCAUACUCAUUUCUCGAAAGAGGGCGCGUUGGAAGAAAAAGACGAGCUCGUGGAUACAUUAACUGAAGCGAUCAAAAGCGCGUUUGAAAAUUUGGAAGCUUUUGCAGCUUUACGAAUGCCGGUUGCAAAAUCCAUUCUUCUUCACGGCGUUGCUGGCGCAGGGAAGAAGACGCUGAUUAGCACAGAAUCGGUUGCAAUGUCCGCUCCUUCGUACAUCCUUGUAUGAUUUGCUGGCAUUGGAAGAAGAAUUCGAUAAUCCGCAUUUUUCGAAAUACAACCCAUUACGUAUCAGUGUCAACAAGGCUAUAGCGUGUAAACCUUCGAUUUUGUUUAUCGAAGAACUCGGUAGCUUAGCCAAUGGGGGAGAACGGACGACAAAAGCUCUACGGAUCCUGGAAGAUGAAAUUGGCCGUAUCAAAGACGAUGUGG